AGUUGAUGCGAUGCUUGCAGACUUGCAACCAGAUAGCAAACAAUAAGUAAAAAAGUAAAAUUGCAAAGUGUUUGGAAUUUAGAAGUAGAUAUGAUUAAAUUAAAGUUGACAUUGACAUGAACGUUGAUUGAUUGCUAUUUUAUUUGUUGCUUAGCAACCAAGUCGAAAACAGUAACAAAAUCUUAAUGCAAAAAAAACUUUUAAAAGAUGGGAGUUUGUGAAAAUAUAUCAUCUUCAGAGUAUUUAUUAUAGAAAACUUAUUGAAAAUGACCACACCUAAGUUGCUAUACACAAUUGACCAGCCUCAUGGCCUGGGGGAGUUGUACUUCUUGUGGCAGAAGGGGGAAUCACGGUCUCUCAUUGCUACCACCGGGACUGAUGCGACAGUCGCUAUUCAUGAUCGUUCUGGACAGUUGCUGGAGAGGAUGAAGUUGCAAGGAUUAUGUGCAGGCAUGGAAUGGGAUAAUGAUGGAGAUUAUUUAGCCAUCAUAACUCCUAACAGUAACUCUGUAUUGUUAUGGGAAUGUCACGCGAACAAACGGAUGAACAUAGAGACCGGCCUCAGAGAACCGCCAUCUUGUCUUGCUUGGGCAUAUGGAGAGCCUUUGCUUGCAAUUGGGACACAAAAAGGGAACCUAGCAUUGUACAAUCAUCACACAACUAAGAGAAUACCAAUGAUAGGCAAGCACACAAAGAAAAUAACCUGCGCCGCGUGGAACAAGGACAGCAUAUUAGUCCUCGCGUCUGAAGAUAAAACUCUAUCCAUAAACAAUUCGGACGGGGACACAUUGCGCAUGAUCUCUCUCCGGGACACGCCCAACGAUUUGCAGUUCUCGGAGAUGAAGACUGAUGAGAGGGUUGCCGGCGAAAAUACUAUAAGCCUCAUAGUCGGCAAGCGGACACUAUACCUAUACAACCUCUUAAACCCAGAGAACCCAAUCGAACUGGCAUUCCAACAACGCUAUGGCUCCAUAGUCUCGUACAAGUGGUACGGAGACGGCUACAUACUGAUCGGUUUCAGCGCAGGGUUCAUUAUAGCCAUAUCCACCCAUAUCAAGGAGGUGGGGGAAGAGUUGUUCCAAGUGAAGAACCAUAAGGAGAAUCUGACUGAUGUUACAGUUUGUAAUGGUCAAGCUGCGUCGUGCGGGGAUGGACAAUUAAAACUAAUAUCGGUGUGGAACAGCGGCGAGGUGGUGGGGUCAGUGACCCCGGGCGGCGGCGCCGAGCGCUGCGCGUGGAGCGGAGACGGGCGACUGCUAGCGGCGGCCGGCAGAGCCUGUCUCAGCGUGUAUGUCACCGCGCUCCCGCCGCUGCACGCUGUCUACGGCACCCGGGCCAUCACCUUGACUAGUCUCACCGAGUGCACCGUGUACCAGUGCAUUGCUGUUGGGGAAGACAUGGACGCUCUCAAUAAAUCGGAACCGAUAGCCCUAGCAACCUACUCGGUGCCAACAGAGCCAAGCGUGAUCGCCUUGGGCGGUUCCCACGUGUGUUGUGUGACCGGCGCGCAUGCGUGGUUCUACCCCCUGGGGGGAGGGUCAGCGGUGAGGAGGCAGUACGCUGCAGCAGUGGACGUCAUGAGACUCUCUGGGGAUUACGCCGCGGCGAUGUUCGGAGGUCGGGCGAUGUUGCAUGUGAUAGACCAGCCUCCAGAGAGCGCCCACCCAGAAAGGGAAGCCAUGAUGUUCCCUCUCCCUCACAUGCAGGACGCUAACAUCGUCGACAUACAUCUCACCGGGGACCUGUUUAUAUUCAUUACUGAUCAAGGCCACAUCGAAUACUUCGGCGUGGAGGAGUGGCGCGCGUCCAGCCGCCACAAGCACUCGGCGGCGCUGGUGUCGCUGCACUGCGACAUCGGCGGCGCGCGCGCGUGCGUGCGGGACGUGCGCGCGCGCGUGCUCGUGCUCGCGCCCGCCGCGGCCGAGCUCUGCGCGCUCGCGCGCCGCGCGCCCACGCUCCGUGGCGUGAUCUGGGACAUCUGUCUGUCAGACCGCAACGUGUUCAUAAUCCACACAGACGAGACCAUAGAGACGUACUACUACGCGGCCAACUCUAUAGACGGCUCUCACAUCGAUUUCGUUGCUACCACGAGCAUCCUCGUCGGUCAGACACCGCUUAUUUUGUUCUCCGGCGAUGUGUAUUGCUAUGCUAAUGGAGGGACCGUAAUGAAAAUCCCUCUCGACUCCCACAACACGAGCGGAUUAGCCGACGCGGAUUCAGAAAAGAGACUAGCCAACCAGAAGAAACACAUCGAGAAACUGAUACUCCUACGUCGCUUCAGUGAAGCUUGGUUGUUCUGCGACGCGGUUGAUGAGAGCGACGUCUGGCGGCAGCUGGCGGAAGCUGCCGUCGCUGAACUCAACAGGGACUUUGCAAUCAGAGUGUACACUAGACUGAGUGACGUAGCAAUGGUUUGGGCGUUAGAAGACGCGGCUCAUAUAGAAGAUCUAUCAAUAUUGUGCGGCGUGCUAUGCGCAUGCGUGGGCAAGGGCGACGCGGCCGUGCGCUGGCUGGAGACAGCGCCGGGCGCGGCGCACGCGGCGCUGGAGCUGCACGCGGCGCGCGGAGACUGGGCGCGCGCGGCUGCGAUCGCGGCCGACGCUUGUCCGCGCAGAGCUCACGAUCUCACACUCAAUAGGGCGCAGCAUUUGGAACUCACGGCAGACUACCACGAAGCACUGGCGAACUACGAAAAGAGUUUGAUGACGAGCGACACAGACGACAUAAAGGUCAAAGCGCACAACGACAAAUGCGAAGCGGGCAUCGCGCGAAUGUGUAUCCGGUGCGGGGACAUAGUGCGGGGGGUCACUAUGGCCAUGAAACACGCCCAAGACACCAUGUUACUUAAAGACUGUGCCCAACUUCUAGAAGAAGAAAAACAAUACAGUCAUGCAGCCGCUUUGUACGAUCACGCGGGAAAUACGGAAAAAGCUGCUUCGCUAUAUAUAAAACUGAAGUCCUGGCUCAAAGUGGAAGCCUUACUUCCGAAAAUUAACUCGCCGAGCAUACACAUACAAUACGCGAGAGCGAAAGAAGCCGAAGGCCGGUACCACGAUGCUCUGAAAUCUUAUUUGAAAGCGCAAGAUUUUGAAUCCGCGAUACGUUUGAAUCUCGAAAAGUUAGACGAUAUAGAUGAAGCGGUCAACUUGGUACAGGAAACGAAGUCAGUUCAGGGAGCCAAAAUGGUGGCCAACUAUUUCCAGAAUAGUGACGAUCAGUCGUCGGCGAUUAAGUUUUUAGUGAUGUCGUUGUGUUAUGAUGAAGCGUUUCAGUUGGCGAGGAAGAAUGGCAAGUUGCACUUGUAUGGAGAGAUUUUGAUACAAACUUCGCAAGCUAGGCCCGAGGAUUUCAAGAGUCUAGCGCUACAUUUCGAAGGUGAGAAGAAUCACCUUCUGGCCGGGAAGUUCUACUUCCACGCGGGGGAGCACGGGAAGGCGAUGACUCAUUUGCUAAAGACUGGCGGGUCUGAGGAGGAGGAGAAUGAGGCAAUCAGCAUUGCGAUCGAUGCCGCGGCGGCGAGCGACGACGACAGGUUGACUAGGAGGUUGAUAGAAUUCCUCCUGGGCGAGACGGACGGCACGCCGCGGGAGCCCCGCCACCUGUUCCGGCUGUACAUGGCCAAGAGGCAGUUCGCGGAAGCGGCCAAAACUGCGGUGAUAAUAGCGGGGGCGGAGUGCCGCGCGACGCGCUACCGCGAGGCGCGCUGCGUGCUGCGCGGCAUGAGCGCGGCGCUGCGUGCGCGUGCGCUGCCGGUGCCCAGGGACAUGCGCCGCGCCAUCGUCGCGCUGCACUCCUACAUACUGGUGCGCACGCAUGUGAAACGCGGCCGUCACGACUUGGCUGCGCGGUUGCUCAUACGCACCGCCAACGACGUGUCCUUCUUCCCCUCGCAACAACACCAAGUAUCCAUCCUAACAUCGACCGUGAUCGAAUGCAGUCGAGCGGGCCUCAAGCACCAGGCGUACCACUGGGCCAGGGUCCUGAUGCAGCCAGAAUAUAGAUCACAGAUCGAUCCAAAAUACGUAAAGAAGAUAGAAUCCGUGGUCCGGCACGCGCCGCGGAGUGAGCCCGCGCCUUCGCCCGCGGCGCCGUGCCCCGUGUGCGGCGCGGCCGUGCCCGUGGCCGAGCUCACCUGCGGCCGCUGCGAGGCCGAUAUACCCGCCUGCAUUGCCACUGGUCUUCAUAUCGUGAAAGAUGAUCUCACUGCAUGUCCCGAAUGUGAUUUCCCAGCCAUAUUGACAGAGUUCAAAGAACUGUUACAAGAAGAAGGCAAGUGUCCCAUGUGUGGCGAGAACGUGGAUUACCGCAGGUUGGUGAAAAUAGACGACGUUACUCUCUACUUGGACGCUGUGCCAACGGAAUAAGGUCCAUAUUGCAAUGAUUGUGAUUACUUUCCGUCCAUGGAUUAGCAGAUAAGUUGGUAAGCCGUCCUAUUUGUGUUAUCUUCAAGGUCUUUAUUGAAGGUCUCGAGAUAUUAGUACCUACUUUUAAUUUCAAUUGAAAUUAGUAAGAAAUAUGCAUUUAUUUAUAUUAAGGAAAUUAUUAUUGUUAAGAAUGAAAUAAAAAGACGAAGUAUAGUGAUGAAA